AUGACGUUAAACAACGCGCCUUCAUUGACCAGCCUUCCUCGGGAGAUUUUCGACAGCAUUGUAUGUGAAAUUCAAGAUCGCGCCGACAUUUCCUGUCUUUCGAGGACAUCUAAAGCAAUCCGGUCACUCACAGCCGAGCUCGUGUUCGAGAAUGUUACCAUGCUAUGGACCGGAAAUGAUAAAGUUAAGAUGCAAAAUGCGCAUGCUAUCCAAAAGGCAGAGAUUGAUCUACAAUGCGUUGGAUAUCGUAUUUUUACGCCUUCUGGGAACAAGCCUAAAUUGCCUCCGCCUCCAGACACAUAUGAGUACCGCAGUCUGAUCCUGGCUGCAAUGCGCCGCAUUGGAUUGGACCAAUCGCGGCUAAGUAAAGCGUUCCGAGCCGGUCUAGAAACGAACGAAUUCGACAUUGUUGUUGGCUUACUUAUCCUUCUGUGCCCCAACGUCAUUAGUAUCACACUUGGACUUAACGUCCUCGCGUGCAACAAAGUCCUGAAAUUUAUACUCCAUGGGUACGCUUUACCGACAGAGUGCACAGGACGCGUCUCGCGGCUUCAACACCUGAAAGAUAUCAGGCUCGGCACCAGUUUUGAGUAUGUUAGGUCGAACAUCCUUGUAUCGUGGCCAAGAAAUACACAAGACUGGAUCUUGGAUUUAAAAUCUUAUCUUACGCUCUUCUACCUACCAGAGCUCAAGCAAGCCCAGAUUAGUCUUCCACUCCUAAAAAGAUCGGGAGUUCAGUCAGAGCUUGAAUGGCCAGCCGAAUCCCCAUCAUACUCAGCCUUACAAGUCCUACGUUUACCUGAUUCCACUCUACCACCCAAUCACUUGCACUAUUGUCUCGAGUACACGCCAUUCGUCACCCAUUUGGAGUACGAGUUCAAGAUGUGGAGCUACGAUAAGUUGCAAGCCCACGAUUUGGCCUCUGCACUGGGGUGUAUCAAGGACUCCCUCCGACACUUCAAGUUUGCACAUGACCAUUGGUCGAGCGAAGACCCAUUGAUCGGAGGUAGGGGAGACUUGGAGGACGAUUAUGAAUAUGUCAUCGGACACUGUUCACUGAAAGAGCUUACCGCCUUGGAAACAGUGACCAUUCCCGCCUGCGUUCUUCUGGGAUGGCUCAACCGCAAUUGCCCAGCCCUGGCCAGUGUCUUACCGCAGAACCUCGUCUCCAUUGGCCUUGCAGACGAUCUUCAAUGGUUUGACACGUGCGAAAAGGACAAGGAAGACCUCAUGCCUAGUAUACAGAGGUUUGUUGGGGAAGAAAAUUGGAGAGAGUCAGUGCCGCGGUUGGAGCAGUUCAAUUUCGGGUACUCUGAAUGGGAAGGAAAGGAUGAAACUGUUGCACUUUUUGAGGAAAAUGGUUUGAAAUGCCAGUUCACUUCCCCGGAAACAGAUUGCGGCUAUUGA